AUGGCGUUGGAUAGCCCCCUCUACAUUGGAUUCGAUCUUUCAACCCAACAGUUGAAAGGAUUGGUCGUCAACUCAGACCUCAAAGUGGUCCACGUUGCUAAGUUUGAUUUCGACGCCGACUCGAAAGGGUUCUCGAUCAAGAAAGGUGUUUUGAACAAUGAAGCCGAGCAUGAGGUGUUCGCCCCGGUCGCUCUGUGGCUGCAGGCAUUAGACGGUGUGCUGGAGAGUCUGCGCAAGCAGGGUCUCGAUUUCCGCCGCGUGAAGGGAAUUAGCGGUGCGGGACAACAGCACGGGAGUGUAUACUGGGGUCAGAAUGCGGAGUCGCUUCUCCGCAACCUUGACUCGAGUAAAUCCCUCGAAACACAGCUGGAGGGCGCCUUCUCACAUCCAUACAGCCCCAACUGGCAAGACUCAAGCACCCAAAAAGAAUGUGAUGAGUUUGACGCAGCCCUCGGUGCACCCGAGAAUUUGGCACAGGCCACUGGAAGCAAAGCACACCACAGAUUCACAGGCCCUCAAAUCCUCCGAUUCACGAGGAAACACCCCGAUGUUUAUCAGAAGACAUCGAGGAUCUCACUGGUGUCUUCCUUCCUGGCCUCCCUCUUUUUAGGCCAUGUGGCCCCGUUCGACAUCUCUGACGUGUGUGGAAUGAACCUGUGGAACAUCAAGAAAGGGGCAUACGAUGACCGCCUGAUUCAGCUCUGCUCGGGGAGUUUUGGAGUGGAGGAUCUCAAGCAGAAGCUCGGCGAGGUACCGGAAGAUGGAGGUCUACACCUGGGCCCCGUUCACCGAUACUUUGUGGAGCGUUUCGGCUUCAGUCCCGAUUGUACGGUUAUCCCAGCAACUGGUGAUAACCCGGCGACCAUUCUUGCCCUGCCACUGCGGCCAUCAGAUGCCAUGGUCUCACUGGGAACCUCUACAACUUUCCUCAUGUCCACCCCUGCCUACGUACCCGAUCCCUCCACACACUUCUUCAACCACCCGACUACUCCCAGCUUGUACAUGUUCAUGCUGUGCUACAAAAACGGUGGUCUAGCCCGUGAGCACGUUCGCGACGCAAUCAAUGAGAGCUUGAAAGACACUCCUGCCCAGCCGUGGGCCAACUUUGACCGCAUCGCGCUGCAGACUGCCCCAUUGGGGCAACAGAAACCGACUGACCCAAUGAAGAUGGGCCUGUUCUUCCCGCGCCAUGAGAUCGUACCAAACAUCAGCAAGGGCCAAUGGCGCUUUACAUACGAUUCCAAGACUGGAAGCCUAAAAGAGACAACCGAUGGCUGGAACUCACCCGAAGACGAAGCUCGCGCCAUUAUCGAGAGCCAGUUGCUUUCUCUGCGUUUGCGGUCUCGGGACCUUACUCAGAACCCUGGCAAUGGACUCCCAUCCCAGCCGCGCCGAGUUUACCUCGUUGGUGGAGGCUCUAAGAAUAAGGCCAUUGCUCAGAUUGCUGGCCAGAUCCUUGGUGGCGUAGAGGGUGUGUAUUCGCUCGAUAUUGGUGACAAUGCCUGCGCGCUGGGUGCCGCUUACAAGGCUGUUUGGGGAAUUGAGCGACAGCCCGGCCAAACCUUUGAGAAUCUCGUCGGACAGAGGUGGAACGAGGACGAGUUCAUUGAAAGAAUUGCUGAUGGGUACCAGAAGGGCCUAUUUGAACAGUAUGGCCAGGCUGUCGAGGGCUUUGAGAAGAUGGAACAGCAGAUUUUGCGGCAAGAAGCUGCAAAGUCCAAUGGAAAAUAA